GUCGUGCCGCGCGCAGCGCUGCUCUGCAGGUGUUCAUUUCACGGGAGAACGCGUGCGGAGGCGCGUGCUCUACAGGCCGUUAACCUUCAGCGCGAGCGGGAUGCCCAGAUUAACACGGAGAACCUUCCUCGAGCUCGCAUCUGUGUUGGGGGUUUGAUCACAGAGCCGUCCAGCCCAGACGAGUAGAGAGAGUUUUACAGCGGACAGCAGUCAUGCAGAAGGCAGGAACGGCUCCAUCGUCGCGGGGUCCCAGUGCUCCUGGAUCUCCAGCAACUUCUAUAGUGGCCAGGAUGGACAAUCAGGUGAUUGGUUAUAAGGACCUGGCAGCCAUUCCUAAAGAUAAGGCCAUUCUGGAGGUGGAACGACCCGACCUGAUGGUGUACGAACCGCAUUUCAACAUUUCGGCUCUGGACCGCGCCGGCCUGUCCUACAGCAGAGAGAGAUCAAUGUCUCCUCACUCUAUCUCGCCCCCUCCAUCACCCGAGAUUUUUGCUAACAGAGAGCAGAAGGCAUGGUCUGAGCAGAGUUCUCCUGGAGGGUCCGCCAUGGGCUCUACAGUGCAGCUCCGCAAAAUCAGCACCUCCUCCAAAGGGCCCCUGCAGCACUUCCACAGGCCAGAUAACGGAACCAACAUCUACAAAAAGCCUCCCAUUUACAAGCAUGAGGGAUCGGCAGCAGCCCAUAUUAAACACAAAGAGGACGUCAUCAUUGUAUCCUCCAAAUUCCCAGCAGCCCAACCUCCAGACCCUAGCCAACCGUCGAAGAUAGAGACUGAAUACUGGCCCUGUCCACCCUCUCUGGCAAGCAUGGAGAUUGAAUGGAGGAGGAAGGCGGUGGAGCAGGGCAAAGCUUUAGAGGACGAUGAGUUUGAGGACCUGACUGAGGAUGCCAAGAAACUACAAGAACAGGAACUUAAUAAGAUCCAGUCCAACUUGGGCAAACUGAUCCUGAAGGAGGAAAUUGAGAAGUCAGUGCACUUCCGGAGGAAAACGCGCUCUCUGCCGGACAGGACACACAUGCACUUGGGUUCUGGUGCAUCCAAGUCUGCCUCUUUACCUCCUUGCAGCCGCUCAGGACUAACCCGGCUGCAGUCAGCUGACUUCACCUCUUCAGACAGCGACAAAGUCAGAACAGGCGUGCAGAACGGAGAUGCUCAGAGAGGGCGAAUGGACAGAGGAAACUCACUGCCCAGCAUUCUGGAGCAGAAGAUUUAUCCCUAUGAAAUGCUCAUUGUGAACCACAGAGGGCGCUGUAAGCUUCCUCCAGGAGUGGACAGGACCAGACUUGAGAGGCAUCUGUCUCCAGAGGACUUUGAGAGUCUGUUCGGGAUGCCCAUCACAGAGUUUGACCGGCUGUCGUUGUGGAAACGGAACGAACUGAAGAAGAAAGUCUCACUUUUCUAACACAAACAUCACCUCUAAUACGGACUCUCGUUAUGACCUGCCUGGGAGACUCAAUAAACUCAAAUCUGUUACUAACACAGCUCCGUUUCAGGAUAAUCGAACAUGACAACCACCAAUAAUCAGCUUUUAACUCAACACAUAUCAGCUUGCUUACUUCUCCGUGUACAAUAAAUCAGAAUAGGAAGCUCA